GGCGCCAUUUUUAGUCUGCACUCGAGAGUGCAGCACGCAAAGCGCUAGAAAAUAACAACAAGACAGGCACGCGGAAGAAAAAAAAAACAAACUAAUUCGGCAAAUAGCAAUCAAAUUACCAAUCGAAAUAGGUGAAAUUUGUCCAGGAUCAGCGAGGAUCCUGGACGGCCCUGCAUUAGAAACUACAUGGCAAGCAUUAAACGCGAAUUAAUCCUGUGACAUGCCGCGAGAAAAGCAAAAUUCCAGCCUGACUACUGCGGAAAAACAGGAUUAGCCUUGCAGGACCAAGUGGAAAAGUGCAAAAGCCAAGGCAAAAGGGCUCAGACCAAGAGAAGCCGCAGAUGGCGACAGGUGGGUGGACAGCGGGUGGCCAAUUCCCGAAGGCGAGACCCAAAGCCGAUCAGAAAUCAAGAGCCCCAACAAGCAGGUGCGACUGAAAGUGACUUGCACUGGGGAACGCUCCGCAGACAGCAACAAACUACACUGGCCAAACCGAACCUAGAUCGAAGUAUGCACUUGCACAAUAUAUCACAGCUGUUGUUAAUCAAAAAAAUUCAGCGCCUAACUAAUUCGUUUCUUUCAGUGUGCUAUUUAUAAAAAUAUAAAGCUCGAAGCAAAAAUACACAGUGUAACACUUGUUAAAUAGUUUCAACAAAAACACAUUCAAAUAUGUCUGAUAAGCCAAAACGCCCACUCUCCGCCUACAUGCUGUGGCUCAACAGUGCCCGCGAGUCGAUCAAGCGCGAGAAUCCCGGCAUCAAGGUCACCGAGGUGGCCAAGCGCGGUGGUGAAUUAUGGAGGGCAAUGAAGGACAAGUCUGAGUGGGAGGCCAAGGCUGCUAAGGCCAAGGACGACUACGAUCGGGCGGUCAAGGAGUUCGAGGCCAAUGGUGGCAGCAGUGCUGCCAACGGUGGUGGAGCCAAGAAGCGCGCGAAACCAGCGAAAAAGGUGGCGAAGAAGAGCAAGAAGGAGGAGUCCGACGAGGACGACGAUGAUGAGAGCGAGUAGACUGGCUCAUCCCCCACCCUAAUCCAUCACCAAGUCACACACAACCAGCCAGAACCACCCGCAAGCAAACAAGAACACUGGUGGCAACACCACAUCCAAACAUCAGCAACCACAGUCCCCCUUAAUAGAAUACAAAGCCGCCAAGCCCGAUCAUAUCUCAUCGACAACUUGAACAACGAGAUCUGUUGAACAUUGUAUCCACAAUCACAUACGCGAGAGAACAAAAAUACGCGAUAAUAAGGAAAAUUGUAUUUAUACACACGAGUUUUUAAGUUUAUAGUAGUCGUUUAUUUUAUAAUGCCCAUAUACAAAGAAGAGGACAACCGGCAGGAAAGGAGAAGAAAUAAGAUUAGCAGGAUGUGCGUUGAGGUGUUUUUUUUUUCGAUCCUGCGGCGUUUCGCCUGGAAAGGCGAGUCGUUCGGAAAAUGAAAGAGAAAAGUAGUCCCCUUGCAUAUUAUUUGUGUAAAGUAAACGAUAAUUCCAUUAU